AAACUCAGUUACUCAUAAUGACAUUGUGAAAACAAUUUUUUUGACAUUUUUAAAAUUUAUUAAAAAUAAAAACAAAUAUCAGACCCAUUGCUGUGGCACUCCAAAUUAUGGUCAUAUAUUUUCUUUUAAUUAUCCUUGAGAUGUGUCUACAGUUUCAUUGGAGUUCAGACCAAGCCAUAAAGUCCAAGGAGCUCUCUGUAGAGCGCUGUCAAUUACGCCUAUAUGAUAGAGAUGGACAUGGUAUAUGACAGUCUAUACAAAACAGCACUUAGUAAACUCUGAGAGCAUGUAUGAGGAAAGACAUUCUCUGGUCUGAUGAGAAAAAAUAUGACUUAUUUGAUAGAACCCAUAGACAUGUCUGAUGAAAACCACAUCACCUGCUAAUACCGCCCCCAGUGAAGCUUGGUACUAGCAGCAUCACGCUAUAGGGGUGUUUCUCAGCAGCAGGGACAGGAAGAUUCAGAAUUGAGGGAAGGAUGAACACAGCCAACCCUAAACCCCAUUGAACAUCUGAGACUGAAGAUGGAAGUUCACACUUAUUAUCUGCCCAAAUACAGACUUCCUCAGGAAGACUGAAUGCCAUAGAGGCUUCUACAGAGUACUUUGUUAGGGUUCUGAAUACUUUGGCAAAUGCAGGAUUUAAAUUUUUGUAAUAUAAAUAUUUUCACUUUGUAAUUAAGAGUUAUUGUGUAGAGUAGGAGAGUAAAGUGAUGGGCAACAAUAGAAAUGUUAUCAAUUUAAAAUUAAAUCAACAUCAAAAAAUAAGGGGGCUCUAAAUACUUUAUUAAGCCACUGUAGUUACUGUUUAUAAUCUUAAAAUAAACAUUACAGGUGUAAUAAAAUAUGUGGUAUUAACACACUGCAAAGUUGUAGGCUACAGAAGGAAAGUAUCGGUCCAACCUGUCCUGUCUCCUGUAGUGAGAUGCAAAAUAUCUCAUAAAAUUCAAUAUAUUUCAAUUCAUAACAAGGUGCAACUGAGCAAAAUCAAAUGGACAGCAGCAGGAGAAGGGAACAGGAUGAGGCUUGUUGGUGCACACAUGGCAGUGUCUCUGGAAAAAAGAUGAAAGGGUCAGUGACGCCCUCUGACUCAGUGUGAUGACAGAGUACCAAACACUGCUGGGGGGGGGCAUUAAACCAAGCAUAGGAGGAUUUCUGAAUAAAAUAACAAUGAUUAGGCCUGAUCAGACAUUUUUAAAAAUGUAGCACACAACAAUAAGGCUAAUACUUAAAAUACUGAUCAAUAUCAGAAAAGUAACUAUGGUAGUUAAGCUAAAGCUUUCAGAUAAAUGUAGUGGAGUAGCACAGUAUUUGAGUUUGAGAUAUAAUGGAAUAAAUUCUCUGUAGGUACACUGAAGACUAUGUAGCCUACUGCAUAUCACUGCAUCAAUUUACUUUUCUCAAACUACAUUUACACUGUACAUAAGUGCAAUUUUCAGGCACCUGUACUUGAGUAUUUCCAUUUCCUGCUACUUCAUACUUUGACUUCCCUACAUUUUAGAGACAAAUAUAGUUUUACUUAACCUUUACUGCAUUUGGUAACUUUAGUUGCCUUUCAGAAUCAGAUUUAUAAAACAAACUGCAGUUUAACCAUAACACACUACACUGCCGUCGUAAAGGUGGAGGCAGCGCCGGGAGGCACGCAGCAGUGUGGUGGGAUAGGAAGAUGACUGGGAGGCGCCUUCCCUCUAAUUUAGCCCCGUUUCCUCCACACCUCAUUGUUUACCCCCACAGGCCGGUCAAGACCAGGCAGAAAUGCCGAGAGACCCUGUGCUUGUUGGAGCAGAAACGAUGUCUGUGUUUCUGCUCAGCCUUAGUCUGCUGUUGUGGGUUUGUCAUGCUUCUGACACUGUGGCUCCCGAACGCCUCGGCCCACUGUCGCUCGGGCUUAGCCCCUCGGUCCGCUCGGUGUGUAAACCCAUCCCGAGCACCCUGUCUCUGUGCCACGGGAUCGGUUACAGACACAUGUGGAUCCCCAACUUGCUCGGCCAUGAUUCACUGAAAGAGGCCCGGCAGCAGUCGGCAGCCUGGCUGCCCCUCAUCUCCAAGCUCUGCCACGGGGACACCAAGAAGUUCCUGUGCUCGCUCUUCGCACCGGUGUGUCUGCCCGAGCUCAGCGGACCAGUAAGACCCUGCAGGAGCCUUUGCGAGGCCGUGCGUGAUGGCUGCGUGCCCGUGAUGAGCGCGUUCGGGUUCCCCUGGCCGGAGAUGUUCAACUGCUCCCGCUUCCCGGAUCCGCGCGGAACCGAGCUCUGUAUCGUGGCAUCCGGAGAACAGGAGGAGCGGACGGCGGAGGAGGUGAGGAGGGAGGAGGCGCUGAAAGGAAGUGUUAUCUGUGAUGCCUGUAGUCUGGCUGCUGAAGGGGAGACUGACAUCCAGGAAAACUUCUGCCACAGUCCAUAUGCAUUCAAGAUGCGUCUGGGCAGUGUGUCCACGGUGGGAGGGGACCGUCUAUGGCCCGCAGCCGCAUCCUGA